AUGGCCGCAGCGACGACCUCAGCGGCGCCCAAAGCCGCAUCCUCCGGCCCGUCGGCGCAGGAGAUCAUCCAAGCCCGAGAAGCGAAACUGAGAUUGUUAGAAGCGAAAAAGAAAUAUGGACGCGGCAAAGAAAUUCCGGUACAAAGCGUCAGGGACAAGAAGCUCCGCAGCAACCUAAAGAAGGUGGAAAAACGGUAUCGAGAUGCUGCGCUCAAGGCGAAAGAUGCCGAGAUCCUGCUCGAGAAUGAAGCCGGGUUCCUCGAGCCCGAAUCGGAGAUGGAAAAGACCUAUAAAGUCCGACAGGAGGAGAUUAAAGAGAACGUGGGCAUUGAGACGGCCAAGAAGGGAUUUGAGCUGAAGCUGGAGGAUUUUGGUCCCUACCGGGCGGACUAUACAAGAAACGGGAGACAUCUGCUGCUGGCAGGCCGAAAAGGACAUGUCGCGACCAUGGAUUGGCGAGCAGGCAAGCUGGGCUGUGAGCUGCAUCUCGGAGAGACGGUGCGCGAUGCCAAAUGGCUGCACAACAACCAGUUCUUUGCCGUCGCGCAGAAGAAAUAUGUCUACAUCUACGACCACACCGGCAUGGAACUGCACUGUCUCGACAAACACGUCGAGGCGAGUUAUCUGGAGUUCCUGCCAUACCACUUCCUCCUAGCUAGUGCUAAUCCAUGGAACGCGAUCCUCCAUGUAGGCCAUCAGAAUGGCACGGUGACUCUGUGGUCGCCGAACUCACAGACGGCUCUGGUAAAGGCCCUCGUCCACCGGGGCCCUGUGCGGUCACUCGCCAUCGACCGACAGGGGCGGUACAUGGUCUCGACAGGCCAGGAUUUGAGAAUGAAUGUGUGGGACAUUCGCAUGUUCAAGGAGGUGCACUCAUAUUCCUGCUACCAGCCAGGGGCAACGGUUGCGAUCAGUGACCGCGGCCUGACCGCCGUGGGCUGGGGCACCCAGGUCAAUAUAUGGAAAGGUCUGUUUGACGCUGCAGCUGCCCGCCAGGAGAAGGUCCAGAGUCCCUACAUGGUUUGGGGAGGCGAUGGACAGCGUAUCGAGACGGUCCGGUGGUGCCCGUACGAGGACGUUCUGGGUGUGACUCAUGACAAGGGCUUCGCUAGCAUCAUCGUUCCUGGCGCGGGAGAACCGAACUUCGACGCCAUAGAGGCGAACCCGUACGAGACCACGAAGCAGCGUCAGGAGGCCGAAGUCAAGGCACUGCUGAACAAGCUGCAGCCCGAAAUGAUCUCCCUGGAUCCAGACUUCAUCGGCAACCUCGACACCAUCAGCGACAAGAAGCGCCAAGAAGAGCGCGAUCUCGACCGCAAGCCCGAAGAUCCCAUCGAGAAGCUCAAGAACCGCGGUCGGGGCCGGAACAGUGCGCUCAGGAAGUAUCUCCGCAAGAGGGGCAAGACCAACGUCAUCGACGAGAAGCGCCUCAGGGCAGAAGCUCUCCAGAAGGAGCGCGCAGCCCGACAGAAGAACGAACUACAGCGCCAGCGAGAAGAGCUUGGUCCUGCUCUCGCCAGGUUUGCUACCAAGAAGGACUUCUAA